CCAUUCUCUCUCUCUCACCCCUCCAAUCACCAAACCCCCCCAUUCGAAUCCCAUUCUUUUGAAUACCCAUGUCAUUGAUCCGUCGACAUCGUGUUAUCGUCAAUGGCGUACAGAGAAUGAGAACCCACCAUUACUACUGGUGUCAUCAAUGUCAAAGAACAAUCAGAGUCACUUACUCUAAUCCUUCUGAGAUUUUCUGUCCCCGUUGUUUUACCCAUCUCCGAUACGAACUUGAUGUUUCGAGGCCCAGGCUCUUCUCCGAUGUAGCCGGAGCAGAACCGUCUCUGGCUGCGAGGUUGAUAGAUGCCUUAGUUCUCAUUCUCGACCCAUCAAGUAGACCACAGAACCCUUAUUUCGAUUAUGAAAACCGACGUGAUCGUCAGGAUUGGAUUGUCCUCCGAUUAACCGGCGCUAAUCGCCUUCCAAGGCCAAUCUCCCCAACGGAAAACGUAGUUCCCGAGACGGUGAAUAGAAGGGAAAUUAGAGAACCCUCCGGUGAAAACGGACUUGACGAGCUGAUCCUAGAACUAACCCAGAAUGACCGACAUGGGCCACCUCCGGCUCCGGCUUCGGCCAUUGAAGCCCUGCCGACGGCGGUGCUCACGGCUACCCAUUUGGCCAACGAUUCGCAUUGUCCUGUUUGUAAGGAUGAGUUUGAAAUUGGGGGUGAAGUGAAAGAGCUGCCAUGCAAACAUUUCUAUCAUUCUGAUUGUAUUCUUCCAUGGCUGCACAUCCACAAUACUUGUCCAGUUUGCAGAUUUGAGCUUCAGGGUACCGGUGACGAAGAAGUGCAAGACGAUUAUGCUGGAUUUUUUCGUGAGGAAGAGGUUAGGGACCCCCUGAAUUGGAAUUGGACUGAGUUUUUCUCUCUGUGGCCAUUCAGUCUGUUGUCAAAUUGGACAUGGCGAUUCCUCCAUUUCAAUGGCAAUAGGAAUACUCUUUCUCGUGGAGAUGGCGCCUGGUGGCGCUCUUGGUUCACUUCUUAACCUUUUCUUCAUGUUGCUGCCACUGUAAGCAGCAGUUCAUAUUAGCUUGAAAUUGUUUCUAGGCAGGUAUGUUUAUCUUACACUGUUUAAGGGCCGACUCCAAUGGAGGAUAUCAAGGUCUUGGCAGGUAAUGUUACCACCUCAUCUUUUUCUUGCUGCUGUUUUCCCCUU